CCAAAAGAUGUUUGUUAUUCAUUUUGCUUUUAUUGUAUAUCAAACAAAAUUUUCCCUUAAUAAUACUUUGGAUUUAUUUCAUUUUUUGAACUAGAAAACAUGCCCAUCUCCUUCAUUUCCAUACAGUAUCAAUGUUUAUAAUAUUGAUCUCCAUUAUUAUUAUUUGAAAGUGGAAAUGUUCUUAAAGAUAUGCCACACAUUCGAAGUAAAUCAUUUGAUGAAAUUCAGUCACAGGAAUCCUCUAAGCCGCAUCGUUUAUUAUCGUAUUCAUCACUGACUAAUAUAAAUGAUGAAAAGUAUACAAAGUGUAGAAGUGACUGCUCGAAUAAAAGCACUCCUUAUUUUACACAUGUCAGUGAUUCAACAGCCAGUUGUCUAAGAUAUGCAACGAAAGAAGUAACUGAAAGUGAUGAUUUCUGCAACAUUCGACCAAAAUCGCUGAAUGAAACAUCACCAAGAAAAUGGAAAUGGUUAUUUAUUACAAGCAACUCAAAAUUCUCUUUAUCCUCGUCUGUGUCAAUAUCAACUGGCUGUAAUAGUAGUAGUAGUAAUAAUAGUAGUACACGAAAUAUCUCAUCUUCGACGGCAUCCUCAUAUCGACAUCGAAAAUUUGGAUUGAGUGGAUAUCUACCGAGUAUUUCAUCGUUCAAGUUUAAAUCUUCAAAAUGCGGAAAUAAUCAGACAGGGAAUAAAAAUGGAGGUGUGAAUAGGAGUAAAUAUUUUCAAAAGUUGAAUAAACCAUCACCUUUGUGUAUCACGCAUAAUUCUAAUUCACAAAUACACAGUUCUCAAGAAGACAGUCAACAGCAGCAGCAGCAACUACAACAACAACAGAGCAGCAAUAGUCAUUUCGACGGUGAACAACACUCAUCAACUAUGCAACAGGAUAGCUGUUUCGUAGCAAAUUCAGCAACUGGAUAUAAUAUUUUCAAUAAUCAUGGAAAUUUUAAAGUUAGAAGAGCUAAAUCGCACAAUUAUACUAGUAGGCAUAAUCCGCAUAAAGUGUGUUAUUCCCUAGUUGAGAAAGAUUCUAUUGCCGAUGAUCAAAGAAAUCGUCGUGAAACAUGCUUUGAAUCUUUUAACUGUGAUCGUGGCAGUACACAUUUAACAAUCACUGGUGGUAAUGACAAUAAUAAUGAUAAUAAUAAUAAUAAUGGUCACAAUGAUGAUAACAAUAACAAUAGACAAUUUCGUAGAUCGAUUAAAAAGUCUUUUCGACGCACGAUUUCAUUUAUCAGUCCAGAAAGAAGGUUCUUGUCAUGUAAAGAGAAAUCGAAUAUUAACACUAGUGAACAUAUUGGCCAUAUGUUGUCACCACGUGGUGAUAUUAGAUCACCGAGAUUGGAAAGGAAGUUCAGUAAAAUAGCUAUCGGUGUACGUGAUAAAUUAAGUACAUUCUAUAAAUCACCGAAUGCAACUUCAUCACAAUCGUAUUCAGCUGAUUUUACUAUUUCAAAGCAUCGAGUAUUUCUUAAUAAAUUGUUUCGUUCAGGUAGGCCAACAAGAGAACAAGUUGAAGAAUGGGCACGUUCAUUUGAAGCUGUACUUAGAGAUAAAUAUGGUGUUAUGGUAUUCAGAGAAUUUCUGCGUACUGAAUUCAGCGAUGAAAAUAUUCGUUUUUGGCUUAUUUGUGAAGAUUAUCGUAAUAAAUCUGGUUCAAAAAAUAUGCAACGGAAAGCUUUUAAGAUAUUCAAUGAAUAUGUGGCUGUUCAAGCUGCUAGAGAAGUUAAUUUAGAUUCAAAUACACGACUUCAAACUGAGAAAGAUCUUGAAACAGCUAACAAGAAUACAUUUGAUCAAUGUCAACGAAGAAUUCAAUCCUUAAUGGAAAAAGAUUCUUAUCGACGAUUUCUCCGAUCUGAUUUGUAUUCAAUAGCACUAGAAUUAAGUAAAGCACGUGAAGACUGUCAGAUAUCGAAUAAAUUUGGUCGACAUUCUGUUAUCGAUUUUAGAGGUAUAAGAAAUGCAUUUAUCUCUGCAAAAAGCUUUCCUACACCUGGUAUUCCUACAACUAAUACGCAUGUUGACAGACGUGUAACUAAUAAAAACAAUGUCGAUAAUAUGGAUGAACACAACAGUACAAGCAAAAAGAUUUCCAAUACUGAUACCACAGAUCAGUGCGUCAAUGUGAACUCAUUGUCUAAAGUGAAAUCAGUUGAUCAUCUCAAAGAGAAUUUUACGCGGUCAGAGACAGUAUCAAUGACAAAAUCUUUAUCAGAAAACUCUCAAAACUGAAUAAACAUACCAAUAUAUAUACAUAUAUAUAUAUAUAUAUCAUAAACAGCAACAUAUUUUAGGGUUGUACAAAUCGGUUACAUUGCAGCUUAACUAUUUUUUAUUGACGCCUAAACUGAAUCAGUGUGUGAUAUCGUAUUUGAAGAAACAUAUGGAAUGG